CAUCUGCCAUCUGCCAAGACCAGACCAAGAUAAGCGAAGAUAAGAUGUUUUGUAAACAUUUUUUUUUACAUACAAAUACCCAUUUUUUGUUUUAAAAAUAAUUUAAGGAAAAUAUUACAACGAACGAAUGUGUAAAUAACCGUUUAUAAUAAUUAGGACUUUCCUUCCAUCAUUCGUUGCUUCAGCCUUCAACGUUCAAUCGUCCAUCUGUACGUAUAGUUCUUAGUGCACUGCAUACGCAUAGCAGAUAGCUUUCAAUUUUUGGAUCAGUUGGAUGAUCCCUACAAAUAUCUCUCACCGAUACAUUUUCAGAUUUGAAGUGCCUAAUUUUCAAUAUGCGACAUGGAUAUUGAAUGCGGCGGGUUUACUUUCGUUUCGAAUUUCGAUUCCAGUAAUAUCGAUCGCGUAGAACUUGUACCCUCGUCGAAUAGUGGAGAAGAGUCGUCUGAAAACGAUAUUCCUCUUUACGAAUUUAAUAUAUGGACUCGAGCCGAUUGCGCUGGAACAGAAUUUGAAAAUAAUAAUAGAUCAUGGUUUUAUUUCGGUGUGAAAGGUGGGACGCCGUAUUCGGAUAUCAAAUUGAACGUGGUUAACCUGAAUAAGCAAGGCAAACUAUACAAUCAAGGAAUGGCUCCUGUGUUUAAAGCGUCUAAUGAGACAGAUCAAUGGGAACGCGUACGCGAUCGAUUGUCAUUUGAUUUGAAACGAAACUUGUUGAGUUUUGGGUACCGAACUUUGGAAAAUCUUUGCUCGACCACUUAUUUUGCGUUCACCUAUCCGUUUUCGUUUACCGAUUUACAAAGUUCCUUGAAACAAUACGAUUCUCAUAUCAAAAAGUUGAAUAUUAGUAGUAACGUUGCAGAAGCUCAUCCCGAUGAUAUUUAUUAUCACCGAGAAUGUUUAACCAAAUCGUUAGAAGACCGGCCAGUUGAUUUAAUCACCAUUAGUUCUCAUCAUAAUAUUACCAACGUGCGAGAAACUCGGUUGAAAGGAUUAUUUCCCGACGCCUCGGCACCUCGUCCGUUCCUAUUCAAAGGCAAAAAAGUGAUCUUUCUCAGCGCCAGAGUUCAUCCUGGUGAAACUCCAUCGAGUUUCGUAAUGAACGGUAUCAUGCAACUGCUGUUGAACAGAACGGACUGUUCUGCCAUUGCUUUGAGGAGAUUGUACGUUUUCAAGUUGAUACCGAUGCUGAAUCCAGACGGCGUUUCGCGUGGUUUCUACCGAACAGACACCAGAGGAGCGAAUCUCAACAGAUUUUAUCUCAACCCGUCCGAGUCGCUUCAUCCCUCCGUAUUUGCUGCCAGAUCGCUAAUUUUGUACUAUCAUCACGGUUACGAAAGAAAGCUCGACUCGCCCGCUAGACCUACAGAUGCGACUGCGAGUCCUUGUUCUUCAAAUGCCUCGCCUUGCUCCGGUGCCCUAGAUGUUACCAGCGCAAAUCGCUCCGAUUUUUUAGAACCUGAAAAUAAAUCGGACGAACGUGCCGAAAGCAGCGAUUUGAGAAAAUGCAGCUCGGAAACUUGUAUUCAUACCAAAGAUACCGACGAACUGAAUGACAAAGUUGCCGAGAUUACCAUGGAUGAAAACAUAACGAGUGGCAUAACAACCGCAAUCGGCGCGAGUGAUUCGAAUGAAAAAUGUAGCGUUUACCGAGCAGUUACUCCCCCAUUACCAAAGUUGCCCGCCGCAGCAUCCUGCGAUAACACUAGAAAAAAGCUGUAUAAAAUAAGGCAAUUCACCAAACAUAAAGAUUGCGCUAAAAAGCCUCACGAGUCCGGGUUAUUCUUAUACAUCGAUUUUCACGGACACGCUUCUAAAAAAGGUAUCUUUAUGUAUGGUAACCACUUCGACAACAUUUCCGAUAAAGUGGAAUGCCUAUUGUUACCAAAAUUAUUGUCGCUAAAUAAUCCUCAUUUUCACUUCAGCCAGUGUAAUUUUUCAAAACGCAACAUGUAUACCAGAGAUCGCCGAGAUGGCUUGAGUAAAGAAGGGUGUGGCCGGGUUGCGGUUCUCAAGUAUACCGGUCUUGUGCGAAGCUACACGUUAGAAUGUAAUUAUAAUACCGGCUGCAUCGUGAACAUCAUUCCACCGACGCAAAGGCCUCUCGUCAAACAUCUUGUACCGCCGCAAAUCCUGGUACCACCGAAAUACACUCCCCAAAUAUACGAAGAGGUUGGCAGAGCGCUGUGUGUUUCGAUUCUGGACGUAAGUGGCCAAAACCCCAAUUCACGUCUUCCAGCGUCUCAGUAUAAAUCCAUCGACGGUCUGAAAGAGUCUUUACGAGGAGAAGCGAUCGUAGCUCGCGGUGUCCAAUCGCAGCAAAACCUCAAAAUGAGACAAGGUUUAUCCUUACUUCAAAGAGGAAAUAAAAACGCCGCCCUGAAUUAUACGGCUAAAAGAAAAUUAUUGUCGUUGAAAAGAGCAUCGAAAAGUUCCCUGUUUACCGAAAUAUCCUCUUCGACAUCCGUAGAUCUCAAAGAAAACCCCGCCACCGCUUCCAAACCCGUUAAAAUCAAUCGUCCUACGAAAUCUUCCACCACCGUUUUACAUCCGUUGAAUAAAUGUAGCGGCAGCGGUGGCGGUGGCGGCGGCGGCGGUGGCAGCGGUGGCAGUAGCGGCGUUAGUGGUAGUCCGUCCAACCCUAUCAAUACUUUGAGAAAACGACGACGUAAAGCUAAAUUGAAAAAAGAAUUACAGAACAAAAAAAUCGCUUUCAAGAAGAAACUUAUCGGAGCGUACAAAAUUGAAACGGAAACGUGGUCUAGUAAAGGCGAGCCUUCCAAUUGGAAUGCUAAUAAACGUAAAAUUGAAAAGAAAUCGAGUCCUAAUGGCAAUCCCAGCACAAGUACUCGUCUUCCUAAUAAAAUGAGAAAAAAAACCAAACUCAUCUAGCGACAUUUGAUGUAAAUUUUCUUUCUUUUUUCAUUGUAUGUAAUAAUUGUAAAUGCCCGUUGUACAGUGUAGCAAGCAAAACCUUACAAUUUCAAUACAAACAGAAAUGGCGAAUAAUAUUA